AUGCCUCAUUGCCGCCACAAUGUCCGAAAAGCAGUUGACGCGGACGCGUCGUCGAUUACCAUCAUGAUUGGAAUUGACCUGCAGAGCAUGGACGAGGACGACAGACUGUAUAACCUCGACAGCCUCUCCGUGCUUGAAAUGAUCACCUUGCGCUGCCACUUGUCGCAGGAGCUGACACACAUGCCCCUCUGCAAGGCCGAAGAAAUAUCGAGCAGACAGAGCGGCGUCUUGCGGCGCGCAGAAGAUGGACCCAACGAGAACAACCCCGAGCAAUAA